AUACAAUUUUCCCACUGCCCGUAGAUCUGAGGGCUCUCAGAGGUCAUGCCAUCAAAUCCUUCCUCGUCAUUGUGUGUCAUUCCCUAUUUUUUUUAAAGUUCCAUUAGUGCAUGUAAGUGGAAAACUCCUGUAAAACAUGUUUUCUCAUUAAUAAUCACUAAUAGAACCUACCUAUAUUUAAGGCCAAUUACUGUCAUCCAGUUUAAUACCUGUUUAUGUCCAUGUGAAAUGUUUGUAGUAGAGAAAAAAACUUGUAUUCUCCUUGUUCUGAAACAGUACAAUGAUGUGCAUGUGAAGCCUCACUUGAAAUUAAAUCUAUGUGACCCAGUAGUUAUAAAUAGCUGCUUGUUUAUGCAGCAAGUGAACUUGAGACCAAGACAGAGAAAGACAGAGGGGAUUUAAAAGUGGCAGAAUGGCUUUUGAAUAGAAAUUAGCAAACAUCAUUAGAACAGUACUUUUUUGCUGGCUGGCAUAAGUAACUGAAAAGACAACAGUACCUAUCGCUCAAAAACAAAAUAACCAAUGACAUGGAGUUUACCAGGCAUUACUUGCCAAUGGAGUGGGAAGAACGGUGGAGGAGAGAAAAGGAGAGAAGGAAAAGAGUUAUUGAAGAAGGUGGUGAAGGUAUAGAACAGGACAACCGUGAACUAAGAAGGAUUGUUGCUUACAAUGAUUCGAGAAUGGGCUUGACAAGUAGGAAUGAUAAGAAAGAGACUCGAGAUGGAAUGAAUGGUACUAGUCAGGAGGGAAUUGCUGAGCACAUAAGUGCUGAAGGCUUGGGAGCUGAAGAGAAUAAUGUCCAGACAUGCCACAACAAAACCUACCCUAAAGAGGUGUUUGUGGCUCUGAAAGAAUUCUUGGAUUCAUCUCUUCUUACAGACCUGACUCUGACAACUGAAAAUCAGAAAAGCUUCCAAGUGCACUCCCUUAUCUUGGCUGCUGUCAGCGGAUUCUUUCUGGAAAGACUGCGGAAUAAAAGUGAGGAAAAAUCUGACAAUAAUGGGGACAAAGAUGGAGUCCAGAGGUGGUCAAUGCAACUGAGUUCAGAGGUUGACCAUAUUGGGCUUCAGGCUGUUGUUGAGUUUGCCUACACUGGGCUUGUGUCAUCUUUAAACAAUGAUAAUAUGGCCCGAAUCAAAGCUGCAGCUCAAGUCCUUGCAGUAACAAGACUUUUGGACAUCUGCAAAAACAAGGAAAGAAAGGUGAACAGUGAAUGUUUCAAGAGAGAAGCACAAACCAUCUCUGCUCUAGAACAAAUGAAGAUUACUCUUCAGUCCAUUGAACAGUUGCAGACAGAAAGAGUGGGGUGUGAUGUAAUUUUGGACGUGGAUGGAACUUUUUUCCAUGUCCACAGAAUUGUUUUGGCAGUAAGCAGUGAUUACUUCCGUGGCAUGUUCACAUGUGGAAUGAGGGAAUCCCAUCAGAGUUAUGUUGCUCUUCCUUUCCUGUCUACAUCUGAAUUAGAGGUUCUUAUUGGCUACUCAUACAGUGGGAUCCUUCUACUUAGCUGGGACUCAGUUUUUGAGAUUACCUGCAUGGCGCUUCAGCUUCAAUUCCAAUCUGCUCUAUCAAUUUGCCUCAACUUUAUGAAAAAAGAGAUGCAGGCAAGCUCCUGCUUGGAUGUGGCAUCUUUUGCUGAAGCUUAUGGAAUGUCAGAACUUCUUGAGGAGGCCAAUGACUUUGUGUUGAGGAACUUUAUGGAAGUAUCAAGCACAUCAAAGUUCCAGGACCUACAAGCAGAAAAACUUUUAAACUUCCUUCGCUGUGAUGGCCUUUGUGUACCUUCAGAGUUGGCUGUAUUUCGAGCCGUAAUCUCAUGGAUUGAGGCUGAUCCCGAGGAAAGAUUGGCCCAUGCAGGCUUACUCAUGACUGGAGUUCGCUUCCCCCUCAUGACCUUUCGAGAGUUCAGAGAGGUUAGAGCCAUUAAUCUACGCAUGGAGUGCUUUGGCAACAAAGAGGUGGAACUUUAUGGUUCAGCACUUAAAGAAUUUGGUUUCAGCCUCCCAAAGUCCCAGGAUCACUGUCGGAUCAGACGACCAAAAGAUGCUGUAGUUUUGGUUGGAGGAGACCAACUGAAUCCAGAUGUUGGUCAGCGCAUACCGAGCAGGGAAGUGUGGUUUGCAAACUCACUACGCAGUGGCACAGGAUUGGUGAAGGACAUUGAGUGGAGGAGAUUAACUGAGAUUCCAGAUAAACCAAAGUUUAGGCAUGGAGUUGCCGUAAUGGAUGGGAGGCUGUAUGUCAUUGGAGGAUGCUUCUUUUAUGCAAAGGAUGACAUCAUGAAAUCUGCCUACAGUUAUGACCCAGUGAAUGAUUGCUGGAAGAGGCUGGCAGACAUGCAGGAGUUCAGAAGUAACCUCUCAGUCGUGGUACAUGAGUCGCACCUUUAUGCCAUUGGUGGAGAUAAAGACAUCAACACCAACGUAGACAGUGUUGAGAUGUACAACCCAGACACUGACACCUGGAGCUUUGUCCGACCACUGGACCUGGCUCUGAGUGGCCAUGCUGCCGCUGUCACUAAUGGAGAGAUUUUCAUAUCUGGAGGUUUCAACUGCAAGUAUGAGUGCCUUGUUUCCACAUGUCUGUACCACCCAGAGAGGGGAACCAUCUACUUGGCAGACAUGACCCAUGACAGAGCCCAGCAUUGCAUGGAAGCCCUACAAAGUCAUCUAUAUGUUGCCGGUGGAGUCUGUAACCUAAGGAAGUUUUACACUGAUCAACUAGUUUGUGAGGUGUAUGAUACUGUGGCUGAUUGCUGGACUACUUUUGCAUCACUGCCCAUGCCCCAUGUUGGUGCAGCCUCCAUUGUUCUUGAGGAGAAGAUCUAUGUACUGGGAGGGUACUGUCAGGAUGACUACAGUGAGUCUGCACUGGUCCACCGCUUUGAUCCCAUCAUGCAGAGAUGGGAGAACAUGGGCAAACUACCAGGAGCUGUUACAGACAUUCGAGCUUGUCUGAUGCACCUGCCCCAGCACCUUAGACAGUAACUGUUUUAUUGAAAUGAUAGAUUGCUAAAAUAAAAAGUCUCAUUAGACACUGUAAUUACUGCAAUAAUAGUAGUAAAAUAUUCAAAUGUGGAUAUCUAAGGCCUCAGUCAUACAGGCCUAGAGACCAGUUGGCAAAUCCCUUGACAACUAUAGGUCGCUUGGAAAAAAAAUACAUAUUCUCCAACCAGUUGCUGAGUGGUUGCUGGGAGAUGUAAAGGAUGCUGCACCAAGACUGUUCUUUGUGACUGCUUUGGUUGAAAACAGUUUGCCACAGUUGCCUGUAGUUUGGAUGGAAGAUGUUUAGUUGUAUGCAUGUAUUGUUUAAUUUGCAGAGCAGUAGUAAAACUUGAAGUGCAAUGCAAA